AUGCGAGUCCCUUCAAAGCGCACGCAGCCAAUGCGAUGGUUUAUGAUUGCAGCGCUGUGCUUGCUCAUAGCAGCAGUCACGAGCUCUGCUAAAUCACACGAGCGCGUCGAUCAACUCGUACAGCAAUCGGUGCUGUGCCAGCUCGGAGGCGACCGAGCCGGAGCCCUUGCCGCAAUGGAAGCCGCCUAUGCACUUCAGCCACUGCAUGCUGGAGUCGUCCUGCGCCUUGCACGCGCGCUCGAAGCAGAUCAGCAAGUUGCGCGCGCUCUGACCAUUGUAACACAGGCAUUGGAGCAGGAGAGACCGGCCGAGCCAAGCGCAAAGGAAGCCAAACUCUAUGCCGAUCUCGAGGCACUCAAGACCAAUCUCGCUCAAAAGGUCCUGCUGGCUCAGCCCAGCGCAACAAGCAAGACAAGCCGAGAUGCCCCAAUGUCGGCCACGGGCUGGCAAGCUGCGUCGGCGGCUGACCUUUUGGGCAAUCGGACGACGCUCGAGACGGAAUCUUGGGCGCACGUCUGGGCCACGCCCGUUUUGCGUGAUUCUGGCAACAUGGCACUGCAUCAUGCUCUGGUGUUGUUGGCGGAAGGUGCCACUGCCCCUUUUGCAGCCCCUCACGCGCGCGGUGGGAAGGCGCGGCGAAUUCGAUUGCUCGUUUCGCCUGCUUCGGGAGAACUCGUCUUCCCAACUCCAAACGCUGCACGCAUUGAGGCUGGCAAAGUUCUGCUUACUGCGCUUCGGCGGAACGUCCACCUGCUGGACCGCAGCUUUGCCAGUCGACACCACAAUUCCGCUGCAGCGGUGCUGCUCUCCACGCCCGAAAGCGCGUUUCAGUUUGACACGUCGUUCGAUGCAAAUGCUGGAAUAAGAUCACCAUGUCUGAAUAUUCGACAACUGGAUAUUCGGCUGCACGAGGAUGCCGUUGGACAUGCGCAAGCCUCGCAUAUUGUGCCUCGCUCCCACCUAACUUUACUCGCCGGCCUCCAACAAACGCUGGAAGGGGACUCGUCCAGCAUGCAAGUGUUUCUAACAGACCCACGGCCUGGAGCUGGGCCAAUUCAUCUUCCAGGUUGGGACGACACCAAUGUUCCAUCGGCGUUUCGGUUGGAGCCAGGAGCUUUUCUGAUCUUUCCAUCUUUCGUUCGGCAUCACAUGCUCGCUCAUCACCAGCAGGACGCCUCUGCUCGUCGCGUUUUUGUCGAAAUCGGCAUUGAAUUGGAGGCGCAGCGAUGUCCCGACUUUAUUCCUGCCGAUGAUCGCCUCAGCACUGGCGCUGUCACGCUGCAGUAUUUGUGGGGUACGCCAAUGUACUCGUCGUCGAUAGUCCCACUCUUAAACCAACUCGGACCAAGCCAGCAUCCUCUACUCGAAUCGCUCACAGCCACGAUUCGACAGCUGGCAAACUCGACUCCCAGCGUUCGUAAGAGCAACAAGGGCGGAUGGCAGUCUUCGGCCAAGCUGUUUGACAGCUUUGCAGCCAACUCUGCGGUGCAGGCCCUUCGACGACUGGUUUACGCUGGCGCGUAUCGAUGGCUACAAGCGCAAGCCUCUCAGGGCAUGCUCUUCCCAGAGUUUACUCAAACCAGCAAUGCACAUGAAUGGGUGGAAAUGCCGGCAUUGCUCGUGGAUGGCAAGGACCCUCGAAUCAGUCACCCGACCUUGUGUGGCGACGUGCACAUUGAGGUGGUCCAUUCGUGGGCGGGCAUCAACAAGGCUGGAGACUCCAAUUCGCCGCACAUUCAUCCAGGAGCACUCCUAUCAGGAGUCUUCUAUGUGGCAACGCCAACGGCUCCCCCGACCUAUGUAGAGUUUAUCGAUCCGCGAUCCGGUGCGUCAAUGCUCCCGGACAUUGAUCAGACCCAGAUUCCUGUCGACUUUAGCCCUGAGGCUGCGCUUGCGGAGGCCGCGGCUAAAGUUGUAUCAGUGUCGUCGCAGCAGACCUCAGACGCGUUGAGUCCACCUCCACCUACAGCCCGCGGAGGAUUUGCAAGUAGUCGCGUGUUUGGUGCUGGCGCCACUCACGCAGCGGCCUCGUUGCCUGGCCGGCUGAUUUUGUUUCCAGCGUGGCUGGAGCAUUUCGUUGCUCCCUUUGGCGGUUCUUUGCAGGACGAAGACCGCAUUAUUGUCAGCUUCAACGUGCUUGUGCACCAUACCGUACAGGAGUGUACCCAGGCUGGCCUAUUGCUGCAUCUUCCAAAGCAUCAUCUUGCCGAGCAAGUUUGAACAAGCGUGUUGCUGAUGCCGCAUUCAAGUCGAGCAAUCAUAUCUGUCGUUUCUAGCUUUUUGUGCAUUUUGAAUCAGUGGUAGUGGAGAGAGAGAGGAGGGGGGGGG